UUGUCGGGACACGGAGUCAUACAGACUCUGUUAUGUUUGGGCUCCAAGGACCAAACGAACUACUUGUACCAAGAUGCAUCGCGCAGAGUCAAUCGAAGCUGUUAACUUGUCCUUUACCUCCUGGGAAAUGUAGUCCAGCUCGUCUUAACGCCUAAAAGCCCAAGUUAACUAUAAGACUCCAUUUCCCAGCAAGCUCAGCGUUCAACGUGCGCUAUGGAGCCGCGUGUCGCAGACCUGAAGCAGAAGAUUGAGGACACUUUGUGUCCUUUUGGCUUCGAGGUUUACCCUUUCCAGGUGGCGUGGUACAAUGAACUCCUGCCUCCAGCCUUCCACUUGCCCUUCCCAGGACCUACCCUGGCCUUCCUGGUACUAAGCACACCUGCUAUGUUUGACAAAGCCCUCAAACCCUUCUUGAAGAGCUACCACCUCCAACCACCAAGAGACCCAGUGGAUCAGUGUGUGUCCUACCACCUAAGGAGUGUUAGGGAGAAGUUUCCAGAACUGCAAAUGGAAGUCAUUGCUGACUAUGAGGUCCACCCCAACCGGCGCCCUAAGAUUCUAGCCCAGACCGCAGCCCAUGUGGCAGGUGCUGCUUACUACUACCAACGACAAGAUGUGGAUGCUGACCCAUGGGGGACCCAGGGGAUGAUGGCUUCCUGUGUCCUCCUGCACACUGGACAGAAGAUGCCUCUGAUUGGUCUGGGGACAUGGAAGAGUGAGGCUGGCCAGGUGAAAGCAGCCAUCAAAUAUGCCCUUAGUGUAGGCUACCGCCACAUUGAUUGUGCUGCUAUCUAUGGCAACGAGACUGAAAUUGGGGAGGCCCUGAAGGAAAAUGUGGGACCAGGCAAGGCAGUGUCUCGAGAGGAGCUGUUUGUGACAUCCAAGCUGUGGAAUACUAAGCACCACCCUGAGGAUGUAGAAGCUGCCCUCCGGAAGACACUGGCUGAUCUUCAGUUGGAGUAUCUGGACCUCUACUUGAUACACUGGCCUUAUGCCUUUGAGCGGGGAGACGAUCUCUUUCCCAAGAAUGCCGAUGGAACCAUCCGAUAUGACUCUACCCACUAUAAGGAGACCUGGAAGGCUAUGGAGGCACUGAUGGCAAAGGGUCUGGUGAAAGCCCUGGGCUUGUCCAACUUCAACAGCCGGCAGAUCGAUGACAUCCUCAGUGUGGCCUCUGUGCGCCCAGCUGUCUUGCAGGUGGAAUGCCAUCCAUACCUGGCUCAAAAGGAGCUCAUUGCGCACUGUCAAGCACGAGGCUUGGAGGUGACUGCUUACAGCCCCUUGGGUUCCUCUCAUCGUGCCUGGCACCAUCCUGAUGAGCCAGUCCUGCUUGAGGAACCAGUGGUCUUGGCACUAGCUGAAAAACAUGGCCGGUCUCCAGCUCAGAUCUUGCUCAGAUGGCAGGUUCAGCGGAAAGUAGUCUGUAUCCCCAAAAGUAUCACUCCUUCUCGCAUCCUUCAGAACAUUCAGGUAUUUGAUUUCACCUUUAGCCCUGAGGAGAUGAAGCAAUUAGAUGCUCUGAACAAAAAUUGGCGGUAUAUUGUGCCCAUAAUUACGGUGGAUGGGAAGAUAGUCCCCAGAGAUGCUGGACACCCUCUUUAUCCCUUUAAUGACCCCUACUGAGGCUAUAGUUUCUCAGCUUCCCUUUCAGCUCUCCCACCAAGUGUUGCCUGCUACGCCUGAGAAAAAUAAAGCCAUUGGAAUGUA